CUUCGUGCUACAUGCAGCCACAACGAUGGCACGAAGGGUCCUUCCGGUCUUUUGGCUAUCGAUGGAGUCAACCUACUCUGGGCAAGGGGUACCCGCAUGAGCGAUUCCUCCCAGGGCGUUCGUGUACCAGUCGAUCGGCUAGCCAUUGUGAAUCACCUAAGGCGUGCCCUCCGAGCUGACUGGAAACAC